UGGCCCUAUCAGUUAACUGUGGGGAUGAUAAUUGAAAAGCCUGCAUGAUCCACACCGUUCAACCUGCUGAAAUUUCCAUUUCUUUUCCCUUCUUCAUUUCAUCAUUUCCAUUAAAGCUUUGCAAUAAUGGAUCCCCUAUUGAACUCAAACUAAACCCAUGAUCUACUGUCCCCUGUUUCUGCCGUAUGGGUCGCUCUCUCUGUUCUCUCUUUCCCCUGUUCUGGAUCUUCUUCUUCUUCUGCUUCUUCACAUGUUUCAAUUGUCUUCUCGUUAAUGCUGAGGAUCCUGACGGCAAUAGAUUAACUCCAAUCGACCGCGAUCUUUAUCAUUCUAGUGUUGAUUUGAUGAAGGAGAUAAAAGCUUUGGUCCAUCGACACCCUGAUAAGCUGACUAUAGAGACAAUGGAGGCUAGAAAUAAGGGCUAUUUUGCAGAAAUUCCAGUUGUUACAUAUUGCCAUGGAAGGAAUAAAGUUAAUGACAUGUCAAAAUUCCGGAUACUUCUUAGUUUUGGACAGCAUGGCAGGGAGCUCAUAACAACAGAACUUGCACUGAGAAUUCUUUUAAUCUUGAGUGAAGAACAGUUGCUGCCCCACAUGGAUCGAGCUUCCUUAAGCAACACGCUUGAUAAGCUUGUUAUUAAGGUGGUGCCAAUGGAAAACUUAAACGGGCGCAGGCUCGUCGAGGACGGGGAUCUAUGUGAAAGAAGAAAUGGUAGAGGUGUUGAUCUGAACAGGAAUUGGAGCGUCGAUUGGGGUAAAAAGGAGAAGGAUUAUAAUCCUUACGAAGAAAAUCCUGGAUUUGCACCUUUCAGCGAACCAGAAACUCAAAUGAUGCGAAAACUUGCCUUAACAUUUGAUCCACAUAUAUGGGUCAAUGUGCAUUCAGGCAUGGAGGCUCUGUUCAUGCCUUAUGACCAUAAAAACACAACCCCUGAUAGCCAAAUUGCUCAACAAAUGAAACUUUUGCUUGAAGAACUGAACACUCUCCAUUGCCACCAGCGGUGCAUGAUUGGAUCCGGCGGAGGUUCGGUCGGGUAUCUGGCACAUGGGACAGCCACAGAUUUCAUGUUUGACAAAGCAAGAAUUCCCAUGGCUUUCACUUUUGAGAUAUAUGGCUACGAAGCUGCCUCACCAAAAGACUGCUUUAGAAUGUUCAAUCCCACAGAUCCCACUACUUUCAAUAGGGUUCUCGGCGACUGGUCUGCUGCAUUUUUUACAAUUUUUAAGCUUGGUCCAGAGUACGUUGACAAGACCGAGCUACGUUUAAGGGACAACUUAGACAAGCUGGUGUCGAUUGAUGACUAUCUUGAAGGUUACUUGAUUGAGAGGAGUAGCAGAUAUGGGAAGAAGAGGGAGGUGUUUGAGCUAGGGAUGCAAGAAAUGAGAACUUAUUUUAGGCUAUUUUUGUUGUCGUCAGUUUUAUUGAUGUUCAUGUUUUGUUCCAGACUUUCUAAGAAGAAGUUUAGACCACUUGUUUCUGCUAUUUCCCUUUGAGAGAUACAUUCAGAAAGAUGUGUGUAGUUUCUGGACUCCAUAUGUUUAUUGCCACACUUACUCUAAACAAGUACACAUGAUUGAGUUCUAUCGA